AUGGAUGUAAGGUCUGGAGACUUACAAAACGAUAGUUCGUCUAUGGUAUUUUCGGUUUCAAACGAUGAACCACCGGUUCCUGAUAUUGGAAGUACUGUAAUAAUUAGUGGAAUCAAUCAGUCCGAAGCUGUCUGUGAAUUUCCUUCCAAAGACCAUAACUACGCAAAGAUUCAUGAAGACGAGACGGCUACUGACAACCAACUGGCUCUCUUGGCUAAACUGGCGUUGGCCAAACACGACACGGGUACAUUUAUGGAACUACCACAAUCUGACCCUCCAAACGAUUUUGAUUCGGCUGCCAAUGCUGUAACUACGCAAUGUUCUGUUGAUGUGGGCACAGGUUCUGCUCAUCGGGGAUCAAGUGUACCUCAUGUGACCAUUAUUAAGAGCCCAUUUGUAAACCAAACCUUACAAGCCGCGUCUCCUCUCCAGCCUGCAUCUUCUGCGUCAACUUGUAAAGUCGCAACAACUAAUGGUAGGACGAUUCUUCUCACUCCGAGUAGAGGAAGUUUGGGAGCUUCUGUCCAGAUACAUCGCGUUUCCUCUAUGUCAUCGUCUCAGGUUCUCCUGAGAAGCGAUUUUAACUCCGGAGAUGGGAACGUCUUGAAUGGUAUUCCUGGAUCAACCAACAACACCAUACGUUGUAUUUGUGGGUUUAAUCGCGACGAUGGUUGUUUGAUUCAAUGCACAAACUGCAAAGUACUACAGCACACAGAAUGUAUGGCUCCAUCCUCCAACUGUAUCCUUCCAAAACCUUACCUUUGUGAACUUUGUCAACCACGCCCUGUUAUGGUCAGUGAAGCUGUUGGAUUACAGCGCAGAAAAAUGGCUGCAUCUAGUUCUCCGCAAGGCUUGCCACCUAAGACCAUCCGUUUGACAAGUCCUGCAACAGCUUUUCGUUUACCUCGCGCGCAUCCGCCCACUCAGUCACAGACACACAACCCUACUAUUGCCCCCAAUCGCUUCUUUUUGACUGGUGGCGGCAAUGGUCAGGCACCUAACGGUGCGUCUUUAUCUGUUCGACCGAUUCAGGUGAGGCUGGGUGAAGUUGUCGGUCCUCCUAACACUGGUGCUACUUUAUACCAAGUGGAAUCAGCAUCGAUCAAUCAGUUUUCCCCCCGAUUUAUUAACUUGGAUGCUGCAGUCGCUAGGCAGCAAUCACAACCGACCUACAUGACGGUUGGUAAUCCAAGAUCCUCCAAGCGAAAGCAGGAUCUCUUUACUUUGGCGGGAGAAUCGGUCUCCUCGUUAGACCAUAUGGCAACCAAUUACGUAUACGACGAGAAUAAUUCCGUUGUCAAUGACCAACGUAUAUCAGAAUGUUCCACCAACGACCACAACGGUGCUCCAUCAACCAUUGAAAGUAACGAUUUGCCCUUGCCUAAGUUUUAUCGCACACCCUCACAGGCGGUCGUGUCCGCAAGUGGUUUGGACUCAGUGGAGUGCGCUAAACCCCAUUUAACUGGUACUUUGACCACUGCUUUCGGAGAAACCACCGCCGAUGUGACUACUGCCUCGGCACUCUCAUGCGGGGUUCCUGAACCAGCCUCAUCCGAUGUCGUUAUAUGGAGUGAUUCUUACGAAAAGGCUGUUGAGACGCGACUCUCCGACGCUCUGAAACAUCGAAUUCGGAAUAUUUUUCUCACCCCAUCAGAACGGGAACUCAAAACCCUACAAAUGGCUGACUCUUCGGCCUUGUCACGGGGUCAACAACGAUGUUGUGUCGCCGCCUUUGAACUCGGCCGUAAGGGUCUCGUUGCCACAGAGUGCAUUUACCCAAACCAACCUAUUAUCGAAUACAAAGGCUAUGCAAUGUUGAUGGAUGAAUAUAGCCAGCAACACGAUUACAGACGGCAUUAUAAUCCUUUUGUGCUGUUCUACAAGCAGCUUGAUAAAGCAGUGAUAUGCUUGGAUGCAAGCAAUUACGGCAAUGAGGCUAGGUUUAUUCGCCGGUGCUGCAUGCCGAAUUGCGAGGUGAGGCUCACAUUUCCACCAACGGACUCAUUUUCGUCUGUGGUGAAUCCUCAAUGCAUUCAGUUUGUUGUCACCUCAGCGAUUAACCGGGUGAUUCCGGUUGGUGCGGAGCUCACACUGGCCUUUGACUUCGACUACACGGCUUGCACCUACCCGGUGCAAUGCGCGUGCGGUCGUGGAGCUCCCCUGUGCGCAGUGGCCGACUGGUUUCGCCGCCACCACCACCACAUGUCCUCCAAUUCCCAUCACCGAGACUAUUGUGAUGCGGAGGAACCUCAUCGACGUGAUUCUGAUGAAGACCAAGAUGAUUAUUAUGACUUUGAUGACUAUGAUGAUGAGGAGGAGGAGGAGGAGGAUGCCAAUGGGGUUACCGAUUGUCGAUACGGCCGCUCUCUGGUGCCUCGUAGAAGCCAUCAUCACUCAGUAUUCGUCGAAAAACCUGGCAGAAGUAGACUUGCACUAAAACGCUUGCUCACCCCGAAACGAGUGAGCCCAGCAUUCUCUCGUGUGCCCUACCCCUCGGCGAAACACAUGGUUCAAGAGCAGCGCCACCGCCGUCACCAAAACGGCCUAUCCGCCAAACUGUCUUUGAACAAACGCGGUGGCCGCGGCGGUCGUGGAAUACGCGGGAGUGGUCGUGGUCGGGCCGGCGGGGGUUUUAUCCGCCAGCACUACCGAGUCAGUCGCCCUCGUGGCCGCCCUCCAAGUAGCGGCGUAAAACUCAACCUAGUCCAUCGUCCCCCUCUUCCUUCCCCAUCGCGGCAUCAACACAUUGACGAAGAGGAGGAGAGUCAUCUCUCUUCCUCUCCUUCCUCCUCAUCCCCACAGACCGACGCCACCGAGCCGGGCGCUACCUCUCCAUGGCUCUACUCUGCUCGCUCACCAACGACCGGUCCGCGGACCAACCGUGGUGAUGUUGUGAAAAAGGCACCGCUCCGGAAACCUCAGCAACGUCGACGACGUCAGGCGCCAAAGUUGCACUCGCCUCGCCGGACUCGCCGUAGGUCGUCAGUUGACGCGGAGAAUGGCCUUGCUGCCUCACCGCUUCUAAAUGGUGGGCGAACAAAGGACAUUGCCUUUUUGGACACGCGGGAGGAGGAACAGCAAUCACCGAUUUCCGUUGCCCCUAAGACAAAGCGCGUCCGCAGACUGAGUGGUCGGCUGUCAAACGGCCUGAGUGGCUCGAGGCUGUCGGAAAAGGUUGCCUCUAAUUCUGGCAAACGUGGUCGCCGCCAAUCCGACCUUGAAGCCGGUCCUCCAAGCGAGCAGGGUGAUGGGGAGGAGCCUCAAUCUCAGUUAAAUGAGCAUUCAUCUUUAACACGAUCGAAUAAGUCACGUGAGGAAAAGUGGCUAGCAGAAGUUAUGCGCCGAAUCGAGCGUAUGGAGAAGAAACGCAAAAAGCCCGCAGCAUCGAGGAAGCCUAAACACGAAAAGCCCGAGGAUACUCCUCUCGACUCGGAACCCCCUCACUUGAAAUCCGCAAAAUCCUCCCCUUCUGUUGACCAUAAUGAGGUCCAAAAACCGACAAAUCCUGAAUACGAAGAAUCCUCACAACAGCAGCAGCCCAAAGAGGAGCUCCCUAUGGUCUCCAAGAAGCAACGUCGCAGGUCAACUCCUUCUGUUAACCAUGACUCUCACCCAUCAGCAACUCCUCUUUCACGAGAGGACAGAUGGAUGCAGUGGCAGCUUCAACGAAUCGCCGAAAUGGAAUCCUCUGAUGUUCUCUCCGGAGAUCAGCGUCACCAGUCUUCAAACGGCUCUUUUGUAAAGCAGCGACGCCGCGCCAGUAGUGGGACAAAGUCUAAUUUCGGACCUCAUUCCCCGCCGCCAAAAAACGAAGACGCGCCCGAUGGUGCUGUCGGAGCGGCUGGAGAAAUGGAAUGCAGUCUAAUUGUAUAUAAGCACCGAGAACAGGAUCCCAUGGCCAAAUUCAGUCGCUCGCGGACAGGCCACCGUCGGCAGCAACAAAGUCAAAAUCCCGUAACCAGAACGUUUAGCCUGGUGGAGAGUUUUGUAGAGGAGGAUUUGCCUGCUGGUGGAGAGCUGCUCGAUGAUCAUGCUGUUAACGGUUCUACCGUCACAACAUCUGCCAACGAUUCCACUAGUGCCAAUGCUGUUUCCGCUGUUGCUCCAUCGUCUCCACCCAAGCCAUCUAAAAAGCGGUGGCUUUCUCAGGCUUUGAUGGAGGAAGAUCAACAGCAACAGCAAAGCCAUCUGAACCGGGCAACCCCGUCUCCCGAGAGCUCGGUGACUCCGCCUGAUCAUCAAAACAACCAGCAGAACUCUCACACUCAGAGAGCGUUGAAUCCAAAGAAACGUAUUAUAUGUCAGCUGGAGGAGGCGAUGGCUCACCAGCACCAGUCCCCGUCUCCGCCUUGUUCCAAUGCGGUCGAGGUUUCACCUUCCUCCGAGGUUCCGACGCCCGCCUCGAAGCUUCCACCCAAGAAACGGCAGACUGAAGAAGAAGUUCCUAAUAACGAGAACAGUGUGGAGAUUUCGAAGAGGCAGAAGCAUGAGAAGGUGCGCAUGUCGCUUUCUGAAUACCGUCGUCGACGUGGCCUCAGUACAGCUUCGGUGGAGUCCACAGGACCAGCCAAACCGCAACCACCGGCAGCGACCACUCCCGCCCUUGCUAUUACGCCACCCGACUCUCCUGUGGUAGAUUUAAAGCGCCUUGUUCCGCCUUUAUUCAUUGAACCACCCACAAGUGGACUCUCUCUAGGGGGUCCUCGAACGCCAAGCGAGUCCCCUAGUGAUGAGGAUGAAGGACAUCUAGUUGGAUUGCCGUCACCGCAUCUAGCAUCGUCCUUCCGUCGGUCUCAAAAGCCACCUCCUUUUUCUGCACCAGCUUCCUUGCCGUCUCCUCGAAAGGAGGCCGUCGAACGACUUCUUCAGAAAUCUAGCAGUCUCGAUACUACGGAGCAUCGACAGACGCCGCCUUCACAUCGCCCCCCACCAGGCGGGUGCGACCGUCAUCUCUCGGGCCAUGCCCAGAGACGCGCCUCACCGCCUCCUCCCCCUGCUCUUGGGACUGCGUCGGACAUUCUAACGUCGAUUUCUCCUCACGCCUCUGGACCUCCUCCUAUCGAGCACGUUCUGCGACGGGAUCGGGAAAUUUUGCAGUGGCAAGUUGAACGGCAACAUCAGCACUUACACCAAACCCCCACGAGACCACAACGGAGCAGUUGCGCGUCAAGUUCGAGUACCACACAUCUUGGGGGCAACCAUCCGCACGUCGCGUCCAACUCAACUCCUCCCCAAUUGUCGACGUCCUCACGAUCUCAUUAUCCUCUCCUCCCUCAACCAAUGAACUCUUCAACGCCUACCUCUGCAUUUAACCAUCACAAUAUGGAGAGCAUUCAAGAGACGUUGAGAAGGAAGCAGGAACACUUGAGGGCACAACUCCGUGAUCUGCAGAAGGCCACUGCAAGUGGAAGUGGAUGA